AUGUCGAAGACCAACUUGCUCAACUUUUUGGCCAAGCCAUCCACAUUGGCUUCCAAGCUCGACUGGAAAAAGGCGAGUGGUACGGUUUUGGCCAUGGACGUGGGAAGUGACCGCAUUGGCCUCGCCAUUGCAUCUCAUCCAAACUACGGAGAUUCACCCUUGGCCCUAGACCCAAUGCCAAUCAAGCUUGAGACCAGAACGGGAAACCGAAAAGCACUGGCGGAGAGUACCAUUCAAGAAUUGAAGAAGAUUGUCAAGAACUACAACGUCUGUGGCUUUGUGGUGUCUUGGCCUUUGCAAAAGGAAGGACGUUGCGGAGCUCCAUGCGGCAAAGUCUUGCAUACCUUGGAUUCGCUGGUGGAAGAAUCUUCUGACAUUGUGAACUCCAAGAGACCCUUCUGCCUGUGGGAUGACCAUCACUACCAUCCAUCAGAGGAUGAGUGGGGGCGGACCCCUCAAUACGGGGAGACCACGAACAAGACAGUUCACCGAGCCAGUGUGGAGCAAUACGCCCACAAGUGCAGCAGCAGUGUUGCCGUGGAUGUUUGGAAGGAUUACUGCAAGAAGCACUGGCCUGUCCUAUACGAACAAGAGGAAGACAUUUGGCAAGUCAACGGCCUUUCGGAUUCCACAGAAGAAGAGUCAAACGUCGCGGCCAUGACCUGCUAA